UUGGGAGUACCAAAAACCCCCUUUCAGGAUGCCAGAUGGGAGGAGCUGAGGGAAAGAGUACUUAUUUCAGUCCACAUCGGACAGAUGGUUCUGCUCUGCCUGCAACCUGACCACAGAGAGGAAGUUUUAUCUGUGCACCCCUUCUCUGAGGAUGAACCAUUUUCAUGCCUCAAAGGCUUGUGUGCUCUUCCUGUUUGUAGCCUUACUGUCUGCACAAAGAGCUCAGGGGCUGCAGUGCUACCAUUGUGAGAGGGUCCCACUUGACACUUCCUGCUCAUCAAUAAUGACCUGCCCCUACCCUGAUGCAUUCUGUGUGACUCAGGUGGCAGACGUUCCUGAGGGCUCUACCACAAAGAAAAUAAAGAGCCAUCGAUGCCUUUCAUUUUGCCCUAUUGAUAUUGAAAAUGAAAGGAAACUGGGUGCUUCUGUCAACUUGAAGAUUUCCUGCUGCCAGGAAGACCUCUGCAAUGCAGCAGUUCCCACUGGAGGCAGCACCUGGACCAUAGCAGGUCCAGGGGUGCUUCUGUUCAGCCUGGGCUCAGUCCUCCUGCAGACCUUGCUGUGAUGGACCUUCCACCAACCCCCACCUGGUCCUUUUAUCCUUUUGCCUUAUCACUCCUCUUGGAUCCCUCUAGUGAUGAAUUAUGAGUUAUACAACCUCUGAGCUGGGGGUUUUGUGUGGAAUACCUUGUUUAAACUUUAUAGGCCGUUUAUAGCUGAGUAGGUUCCCUAUUUCUCUCUAGGGCUUUUAGAUCUGUACUUCCUGGAAUGUCAUUUUGUUAUGGCUUGCUACUCUUGGCCCUGGAGGGAGGUGGACAGCACAGGGAAGAGGUUGAUUUCCAAGGUAUUAUGUCACCACUGUCCACACAUAAAUAUCUGGGGUCCUGCUGGGUUCCCAGUUGUGGCACUCAAUGUCCCCCUGUUGAGUCCAAUAAACCAUUUGUUCAAAAGCCAA